AAGGAAAGGACUGGCAGAGGGUAAGAAGUGCCUUUCAAAAGAAAUUAAUGAAACCCAGGGAAGUUGCGAAACUGGAUACCACAAUCAAUGAGGUCCUGGAGGAUUUCAUGCACAGAAUAGAUGAUGUUUGUAACCACAACGGGCAAAUGGAAGAUGUCUAUUCAGAAUUCAACAAAUGGUCAUUUGAAAGUAUCUGCCUGGUGCUGUAUGGAAAGAGGUUUGGACUCCUACAGCAGGAUGUAGAAGAAGAAAGUUUGAACUUCAUCAAGGCUGUGAAAACGAUGAUGGCUACUUUUGGAAUGAUGAUGGUGACCCCCGUGGAACUUCACAAGGGUCUGAACACAAAAGUCUGGCAAGCUCAUACUAAAGCAUGGGAUGAUAUAUUUAAAACAGCCAAGCAUUCAAUUGACUGUCGACUGGAAAAACACUCUGCAAACCCUCAGGAGGAUUUCCUGUGUGACAUCUAUUCUGGAGGACAACUUUCCAAGAAGGAGCUGUACGCUGCCAUCGCAGAGCUCCAGAUUGCCGGAGUUGAAACGACGGCCAAUAGUUUACUGUGGGCUUUGUAUAACAUUUCACGCAAUCCAAAUGUUCAGCAGAAGCUUUUCCAGGAAAUACAAAGUGUUUUGGCUGCUAAUAAGAGUCCAAGUGCUGAGAACUUGAAGAAUAUGCCUUACCUAAAAGCAUGCCUGAAAGAAUCUAUGAGAUUAACACCGUCGGUGCCAUUUACCACUCGCACCAUCGACACAGAAAUGGUUCUGGGAGAUUAUGUACUGCCCAAAGGGACCGUACUAAUGAUAAACAGCCAUGCCCUGGGUUGCAAUGAAGAGUACUUUAAUGGCUGGACGCAGUUUAAACCAGAGCGCUGGUUUCAGAAGAACUUAAUAAAUCCUUUUUCUCAUGUUCCGUUUGGCAUUGGGAAGAGGAUGUGCAUCGGGCGCCGCGUAGCGGAGCUACAGCUUCACUUGGCCCUUUGCUGGCUCAUUCGCAAAUACCGAAUUGUAGCAACUGACAACAAACCGGUAGAAACGCUCCAUUCAGGAAUACUGAUUCCCAGCCGGGAGCUUCCCAUUGCAUUUCACAGACGACAAGGCCUUAUCCGUGAACGGAAUCACUGGAAUCCUAUGGGUUCUGCCACUAUUAAAUGA